CUAAGCUCCGGACUUCCUGUUUUGAGCUCGACUGCUGACUGGUAGAAAGGAGUAAUACUCGGAAGAUAGUAAAACUACCCAAUGAAACCGGAGUAAAAGUUCACUCAAAAUGAGCUGGAUCCCGUUCAAGAUUGGACAACCAAAAAAACAGAUUGUCUCUAAAACUGUUGAAAGAGACUUUGAGCGAGAAUAUGACAAACUCCAAAAGCUGGAGGAUCAGACGAAAAAGCUUCACAAAGACAUGAAGAAAAGCACAGAGGCAGAUUUAGCCAUGUCUAAGGCAGCAGUGAAGAUUUCCGCAGACCUCUUGAGUAACCCGCUGUGUGAGCAGGAUCAGGCCUUCCUGGACUCUAUGACUGCUUUAGAUACAGCCAUGAGAAGGAUGGAUGCCUUCAACCAAGAAAAGGUGAACCAGAUCCAGAAGACUGUUGUCGACCCUCUGAAAAAGUACAGUAGUGUCUUCCCCAGCCUUAACAUGGCAGUGAAACGUAGGGAACAGACGCUGCAGGACUACAAGCGGUUGCAAGCCAAAGUGGAGAAAUACGAAGAGAAAGAAAAAACGGGGCCCGUGAUGGUCAAACUGCAUCAGGCAAAAGAGGAACUCCGACCGGUCAAAGAUGACUUCGAGGCCAAGAACAAGCAGCUCCUGGACGAGAUGCCCAAGUUCUACCAAAGCCGCAUCGACUACUUCCAGCCCAGCUUCGAGGCUCUCAUCCGGGCACAGGUGGUCUAUUUCACCGAAAUGUACAAGAUUUUCAGCGAGUUAACAGACCAGAUCGACCAGGCGGGGUUGACUGACGAGCAGAGGGAGAGGGAGACAGAGGCCAAGCUCACCGAGUUGCGUGCUCUGUCCAUUGUCGCCGACGACUGAGUGAGGAAAAUACAAAAACGGGCUCUUUUCAUGCCUCUCUGAAUGGAUUGCGCUCUCUUCAAGCUCCUCCAGAGUUCAAACGGACAGCAGUGACCUAAACCUGAUUAUCCAUUUGUUUCCUUGCGGCCUCAUCCCCACCCCCAAUUGCUCUUGCACUACACCCUAAUCUUUCAUCAUCUCAGCAACUCAAAGCAGCUGAAUGCCACAUUAACUAAGCCAUCAGCCAAGUGCAACAUUAUAAGCCAAUAUGUUGUCGUUUAUUUUUCUUUUCUUUUAGUAAAGGAAUCAGACAGAUCUUGUCAGAACUAAUUAACAAGGUUACGCUUCAUGGUUUCAGAGGUAUCUAUAACCAUUUGUUUCUAAUGUGUAAAGUGAGCAAGGAAAUGUUUCUAUUAGUCACAUCUGCCUUGUUGGCAGCAGCGUGUGAAAUAUAGUUUUAUUAUCCAACUUUGAAAUUACACUGGAAGGUGUUAUGUAAUGUAGUGUAGGUUUAAAAAAAAUCUCUCAAUUUUGGUCUUUUCUGGUAAUCUGUGAGUUUAGCUCUGUGCCAUUCUGUGUGAGGGCUUUUUAUUGGGGUUCAUCAGAACACAUUAGCUCACCUGUGAUAACAUGUCUGACUUUGGAUAUAACAUAAAAAAAACAAAAAACGGUGUAACACGGAGUGGUGUUGAAAGGUCGACUACUCAGGCUUCAGACAUAUCCAGGUUUGUUUUCUUUUUAAACCCCACAAGUAAGAAAGAAAGAAAAAAUCAAAGGCUGGUGCGCCCUCUAGUGGAAAUAAAGUGACCCAUAUUUUCCUUUUGUUCACACCAUCCAUCCUUUGUUCUAUUGUUGGUUAGAGUGUGUGUUAGCAAAGAAUCUCACACAUUGUUGGCAGCCUUAAAAAAGUAUUUUUCUCUGUAUCAUCUACAUCAGGGUUGGAAGACAAAUGUUUUAUAGUCUUAUUUUUGGACCAAAUCAUGCUCUCAUCACAUGCCUUUGUUUCCACUUUCCAUCAGGUAGAGCCUUGGCAUGAUAACUACACUACAUAGUAAUGUAAACACACACUGAAUGUUACUCAUUAGUGAAUUUGAAGUUACAAGUAUGUUGACUAUUUAUUUUUUUUGUGGCUUUUUAUUGUGUAAUUACUGAAGGAAAUGCUUAGCCGGUUGCUCGUCUUUGUGUUCUGCAAUGCAGACUGUCUGAUUACACGCCAAUAACUGGAUGAAUGAAGGUGCUUUUCUAAGUUUAAGUUAUAGUCAUGGUUGAUUUUUUUUUUAAAUAUACCAAAAUGAAUACUUUGUGAUCAGAUUGGGUUUUAUGUAAGUUUUUAAAUAACGUCGGAUGAUAUUUUCUGCUUCAUUAUUAUCAUCAUGCAAUAAACUAAAUGCAAGAAAAGCAA